AUGUACUUCAGUGGAAUCAAAGAAAAAUACCAAAACCAAAGAAGAGAGAGUUCCUGCCCCACACAGUCAUGGAGAAAUGAGUAUUUGCACCAAAAAUUCACACAACUGCUACUUCUACACAGAUCUCAACCCAGAGGCUAUGACUUUCUACUCAGGAGAAGGAAUCAUGAGGUGGUAGAUGAACAAGGAAAUUGGAUGGAGAUUGGAGACUUAUUUGGCCCAGGGCUGAGUACCCAGGAGGAGCCUCCCACUGUUGUGGUGCAUGGAGUUGCUGGAAUCGGGAAGUCAACCCUGGCCAGGCAGGUGAGGGGAGCAUGGGAGGAAGGCAGGCUGUUCAAGGACCGCUUCAAGCAUGUCUUCUACUUCAACUGCAGAGAGCUGGCCCAGUCUGAGACCAUGAGUCUCGCUGAGCUCAUCACAAAAGACUGGGCGGCUCCUGAUGCUCCCAUUGGGCAGAUCCUGUCUCAGCCAGAGCAGCUGCUCUUCAUUCUUGAUAACUUAGAUGAACCAAAAUGGGACUUGAAGGAGCAGAGUUCUGAGCUCUGUCCACACUGGAGCCAGCAGCAGCAGGUGCACACACUGCUGGGCAGUUUGCUGAAGAAAACCUUACUUCCCACGGCUUCCCUGCUGAUCACAGCUCGGAUCACAGCUCUGAGAAACCUCAUUCCUUCUUUAAAGCAUCCUCGCUGGGUAGAGGUCCUGGGAUUCUCCGAGUCAGCCAGGAAAAAGUAUUUCUCCCAAUAUUUCACAGAUGAGAGCCAAGCGAUUAGAGCCUUUAUCUCGGUUGAAUCCAACCCGGCUCUCUUGACCAUGUGUCUCAUGCCCUUGGUAUCCUGGCUGGUCUGCACUUGCCUGAAGCAACAGAUGGAGCAGGAGCAACCACUCCCACUGACCUCCCAGACGACCACAGCCCUCUGUCUCCACUACUUUUUCCACGUUCUCCAGGCUCAGUCCCUCAGGACUAAGUUGAGAGGUUUCUGCUCUCUGGCUGCUGAAGGCACCUGUCAAGGAAAGACUCUGUUCAGCCCCGAGGACUUCAGGGAACACGGGUUAGAUGGGGCCAACAUCUCCAGUCUCUUAAACAUGGGUGUUCUUCAAGAGCACCCCACCCCUCGGAGCUACAGCUUCAUUCACCGGUGCUUCCAGGAGUUCUUUGCAGCAAUGUCCUAUGCUUUAGGCGAUGGAGUGUUGAAAGGUGAUUGCUUUAAUAACAUCAUAAUUACAAUAGACUUGACAGAUGUAUAUGACAGGCAUGACCUAUUUGGGGAACCAACCACAUGUUUCCUGUUUGGUCUUUUGAGUGAUCAGGGGAUGAGAGAGAUGGAGAGCAUCUUCAAAUGCAGCCUGUCUCGGGAGCGGCUUCCCUCUCUGCUGCACUUGGCCAAGAAGGAGGCCGUUUCCACCGAGGAAAAGGAAUUGUAUCGUAUGUCCGCUAUCCAGAACCUCCACUCUUUCGACCCCUUUGCUGAUGCAAGUAAGGGUGAUGACCUGCUUCCCGCUGGCACUGAGGAUUAUAUCCAUAUAAGAAUUCAACAGAGAAACGGCAGGAAGACCCUUACUACUGUCCAAUGGAUCGCUGAUGAUUACGAUAAAAAGAAACUAGGGAAGGCCUUUAAGAAGAAAUUUGCCUGCAAUGGUACUGUAAUUGAGCAUCCAGAAUAUGGAGAAGUAAUUCAGCUGCAGGGUGACCAGCGCAAGAACAUAUGCCAGUUCCUCGUCGAGAUUGGACUGGCUAAGGACGACCAGCUGAAGGCUCAUGGGCUGGUCAGAUGUGGCCUCACGAACAACUGCUGCAAGGAUUUGGCCUCCAUGCUGGGUGCCUGCCCCAGCAUGACAGAGUUGGACCUGCGGCACAACGACCUGGGUGACCUUGGCGUGAAGCUGCUCUGUGAAGGGCUCAGGCAGCCUGCCUGCCAACUCAAGCACCUGAGGCUGAACCAGACUCAACUGAGUGAGGAGAUGACAGAGAUGCUGAGUCUCCUGCGGCAGGAGAAGCCUCAGCUGGUCAUCAGCAGUCGGCUGCCCACGCCUCUGAGGAGUGUGGAGGUGACAGAGAUGCAGGACACCCGAAAGUGUAAGAAAGGAAAGCAUAAGAAACGUCAGCUGAUCACCAGCAAUCGCGGUAGAGGCUCUGAUCUCAGCUCCUUUGAUGAAGGGAAGGAGGCCAGGGACCAGAAACACUGCUACUCAAGUGUGGACCAUGGACCAGCAGUGUCAGCAUCAGCAGCAGCAUCACCUGAGAGCUCAUUACAAAUGCAAAUCUCAAGCCUCGCUCCAGACCUGCUCAAUCAGAAUCUGUGUUUUGACAAGGCCUUUGAGCAGAACUGGGUCAGAAAUGAUAGCUCCCAUCAAGUAUUACAGAAACCCUACUGUGUGUCAUCUGGUGAAUCUCUAGGGCACCAACUUUUGGACCCUCUAGGGAUGGAUGAUGACUUCUGGGGCCCCACAGGGCCUGUGGCUACAGAGAUGGUUGACAAACACAGGAGUCUGUACCGAGUUCACUUCCCUGUGGCUUGUUCCUACCACUGGCCCAACGUGGGUCUCCACUUUGUGGUCAGAGGGCCAGUGACCAUUGAGAUUGAAUUCUGUGCUUGGGACCAGUUCCUGGACCAGAUUGUCCCACGGCACAGCUGGAUGGUUGCAGGGCCUCUUUUUGACAUCAAGGCUGAACCAGGAGCUGUGGCAGCUGUGCACCUCCCUCACUUUAUAGCCCUCCAAGGGCAACAUGUGGACAUAUCCUGGUUCCAAGUGGCCCACAUUAAAGAGGAUGGGAUACUCAUGGAGAAGCCAGCCAGUGUGGAGCCACAUUACAUAGUCCUGGAGAACCCUAGCUUCUCCCCCAUAGGCGUUCUACUGAGAAUGAUCCAGACAGCCCUGAGCAUUCGUGUCAUCGCCAAUGUGUUGCUCUACUAUCACCGCCAACCCGAGGAAGUCAACUUCCACCUCUACUUAAUCCCCAGCGACUGCACCAUUAGAAAGGCCAUAGAUGAUGAAGAAAAGAAGUUCCAGUUUUUUCAAAUACGCAAGUCGGCCAUGCAGCCACAUCUCCACAUGGGCUUCCAAUAUACUGUGUCUGGUUCAGACAAGUUGGAAAUAAUCCCUGAGGAACUGGAACUCUGCUAUCGAAGCCCUGCGAAACCCCAGGUCUUCUCUGAGUUCUAUGUUCAUCAUUUUGGAUCGGGGAUCCGGCUGCAGAUUAAAAGCAAAAUUGAUGAGACUGUGGUAUGGAAGGCCUUGGUGAAAUCAGGGGACCUCAGACCUGCAGCUCCCCUGGUCUCUCAAGCCCUGACAGGUCAGUAACAGUGUUAGAGGCCAAAGGAGCCAUGGCAGUUCUGGAGUGUACUACCUGGUCCUCCACGAAGAGAGGAGAGAAAAAAAGGGGACUCAUUAAACCUCACAAGGGUUCAGUCCUUGGAGAGAUGUGUGCCCCAGGGCAGAGUUCUCCCCCAUCCCUUUUAUUCCUGCCCAUCAUGGCUCUGGCACCUCCCACUGAACAAUCUCAAUUGACUCCAUCAUGAACCUGACCCCCACCCUUAGCUCAGCAGAAUGCUAGGCUGGAAGUUGACAUGAGGGAGGGCAGAGGUACCUUUCGGUGGUCCAUGAAAUGUGUGGGGAUCAGGGAGGAGCCAGGGAUGCAGAUAAAGGGAGUGAAGAGUUAGACUGGGGAAUUAGAGGGAGAGGAUUUGAUGGAAACCCUUUCUUAUUCAUC